AUGCGGUACGUAGCUUCGAUUGUUAGUGAUAAUCUUGAAAAUGAAGGGGAGGAUGAUGAUGAAACUGAUCCUGAGGAUUUGGACUAUGACUCUGAACAAAUAGGUUGCUUUCUGGCACAAAGAAAACAAGAAGUUACUGAACACCUUAUUGAGUAUAAAGAGAUACAUAGUGGUGUGACAAGGGUACGCCAAUUUAUUUGUCUAAUAUCCAAGGACAAAGGCAGGGAGGGCUGUAGAGUGAAGACAUUAAAUACAAAACAUGAUUGCAAUGAUAAAUUUAAGAACAAUAGGGUUGAUUAUUUAACCAUUGCACACUACUUCAAGAGGAAGUUGCAAGAUGAUCCUAAGUACAAAGUGAGAGAGAUGAGGGCUGAUUUGCAAGCUGCCUUUAACCUUAAUGCUACUUAUGGUAAGUGUAAAAGGGCAAAGAGAAUUAUCUUGGAGAAGCUGGAAGGCAAUUUCAAUGAUGAUUACAACAAGUUGGAGGGUUAUGCCAAAACUUUGAGGGGUAGUAAUCUUGGAUCUGAUGUGGUUAUUAACUUAUCCAAAGAGGCACUACUUCAAGGCAAAAGAAAAUUCCUUAGAAUGUACAUUUGUUUCCAGGCCCUAAAGAUGGGAUACAGAGAUGGUUUGAGGCCAUUUAUUGGACUUGAUGGCACUUUCUUGAAAGGGAAAGCAAAAGGCCAACUGUUAGUGGCUCUUAGGCAAGACAACCAGACCCAUUUCUAUCCUCUAGCAUGGGCAGUUGUUGAUAAAGAAACAAAGAGGAGUUGGACCUGGCUUAUGGAGCAUCUGAAGGCUUCAUUGGAGCUGAAUAUGGGAGAAGGAGUUACAUUUAUCUCAGACAUGUAGAAGAAGCAAAGAGAAGGUAUUGUGCCAAACAUGUUGAAGCAAAUUGGGCAAAAAAUGGAAGAUCCUUGGAGACGAAGAAGCUGUUUUGGUGGGCUUCAUGGUCAACUUAUCCAGAAGAGUUUAAAGACCAAUUAAAGUGUAUGGGGAAGUUGAGUGAAGCUGCUGUUAAGUCAUUGU